CGGAAGUGACGCAAGGAGCAGGCGCGUUGGAGUGUUCGGGUAAAAAAAUGGCUGAAUAUUUAGCUUCGAUAUUCGGGACUGAGAAGGACAAGGUUAACUGCUCUUUUUACUUUAAGAUUGGGGCCUGCCGGCACGGGGACCGGUGCUCCCGACUUCACAACAAACCGACUUUCAGCCAGACCAUAGUUCUGCUCAACUUGUACCGGAAUCCACAGAACACAGCCCAAACUGCAGAUGGAUCGCACUGUCACGUGAGCGAUGUGGAGGUGCAAGAACACUAUGAUAACUUCUUUGAGGAGGUAUUCACAGAACUGCAGGAGAAGUAUGGAGAGAUUGAAGAGAUGAAUGUGUGUGACAACCUCGGGGACCACCUCGUGGGCAAUGUCUAUGUUAAGUUCCGGCGGGAGGAGGAUGCAGAGCGGGCUGUAGCAGAACUCAAUAACCGCUGGUUCAACGGGCAAGCUGUGCAUGCUGAGCUGUCUCCUGUCACUGACUUCCGAGAGUCAUGCUGCCGGCAGUAUGAGAUGGGGGAAUGCACCCGAGGUGGCUUCUGCAACUUUAUGCACCUACGACCCAUAUCCCGGAACUUGCGCCGGCAGCUCUAUGGGCGAGGACCCAGGCAUAGGUCACCUCCAAGGUCCCAUACAGGUCACCGUCCCCGAGAAAGGAACCGACGUCGUUCCCCGGACCACCGGCAUGGUCGAUUUUGAAACUGGUGCCCUUGCUCUUCACCCAAGGGCACAGACGGCCUGUCCAGCGUCCCUUCUCACAGUGCCUGCCCUGUCCAGUCCCAUCAUCCCCAGGCUUCAGAGCCGCAUAAUAUAACCGUUUAACACAGGGACCUUCUCCUCUUCUCCCUCCUCCAAUAAAGCUUAAGAAGUUUGUCAACCAA